GUGAAAGACCAGCUCUGAGCCAGAGACGCCUUUCUCAGGCAGUACUGAGGUACUCUUCUUUGAGUCAUGGCCAGGCUGAACUUUUUUCCAUUCAGGUAUGGCUUUGACCUGGGCAGUCAUUUCCAUGACCUUCGACCUCUGGGCACAGGUGCGUCUGGCCUGGUGCUGUCUGUCAUGGACAGGCGCAGCGGGCAACGUGUUGCUGUAAAGAAGCUGGUCCUGCACGAUGCUGUAAGUAUUAAACAUGCACUGCGUGAGGUGAAGAUCACGUGCCGGAUCCAACACGAAAACGUUGUGAGAGUUUAUGAGGCUUUGGGUCCAUCCGGCCAACCUUUACCCAGUGACCUCACACAAGUCUCAGAAAUCUACAUCGUCCAGGAGCUUAUGGAAACAGAUCUGAGUCACAUUCUGGAGCAGGGGCCUUUACCUGAGGCCCAUGCCACUCUGCUUUUCUACCAGCUGCUGCGAGGCCUUAAGUUUAUUCACUCAGCCAACGUGUUGCACCGUGACCUGAAGCCAGCUAACAUCUUUAUCAACACUGAUCAGCUACUGCUGAAGAUCGGAGACUUUGGAAUGGCACGCAUCGUUGAUCCGCACUAUUCGCACAAGGGCUACCUAUCCGAGGGGAUGGUCACCAAAUGGUAUCGUUCCCCUCGUCUGCUGCUCUCUCCUAACAACUACACCAAGGCUAUCGACAUGUGGGCCGCUGGCUGCAUUCUGGCCGAGAUGCUAACUGGGCGUAUGCUGUUUGCAGGUGCUCAUGAGCUGGAACAGAUGAAGCUAAUCCUGGAUACAGUACCUGUGCUAAGAGAGGAGGAUCGGCAGGAGCUCCUGAAGGUCAUGCCCUCCUAUGUUAACCACAGGUGGGAAACCAGGAGAUCACUGCAGGACCUGCUACCUGAGGUGGAAGAAGAGGCCGUAGACUUUUUGGAGCAAAUCCUGACCUUUAACCCCAUGGAUCGGCUAACAGCAGAAGCUGCAUUGUCUCACCCAUUUCUGAAGCAAUAUUCCUGUCCUCAGGAUGAGCCUGUUUCCCUGCAGCCUUUCCGUAUAGAGGAUGAGCUGGAGGACAACCUGGUGAGCGAACCUGACCGCUGGGACAGUCUUUCCUCUGAUGUGUGCUGGAAGCAGCAGGAGCAGUGUGGUUGUAUGCAGAGUCUGUCAGAGCUGGGAGAGGCUUCUGAGGAUGAGGUUCAGAGGGACCCUCGAGCUGGUUUCUCCUCUUUGAUCGAGGAAGCUCAGGUGGACCCUCGCAAGCACUCACACAGCAGCUCAGCUGAACGCUUUCUGGAGCACUCACACUCACCAAUGGACAGGCUAAGUGGCCACUACAUAGAGAUGGACUGUGGGCGAUCCUGCGACUACAAGGUGGGUUCUCCUUCCUACCUGGAUAAAAUAACAUGGAGAGAAGGAAAGCCUCAGAACUAUUCUGAGCCGAAGCUCAUCCUGGACCUGUCCCACUGGAAGCACAACGCCCACCCGUGCACCAGAGAUGGUGAUGCUGAGCAGGUUCAUGAUGAGGAACCCAAUGACUUGUUCCAGGAGAUCUCAAACUGGGCAGAGAGCACACAGCUAGGCCUCUAUUCUCCAGGUUCACCUCAGGCGCCUUCUACCCCUCCAAGCUCUCCUCCUUUACCUGUGUCUCCAUCCAUGCUCCCUCACUCUUUUACACAAACACGGACCCCUUCGCUGCUGUGCACCGCUGACCUUCUACAGCAUCCUGGCAGGAGGAGUCCUGCCUCUUUCUUUUCCUCUCCUCCCUCUCUGUUACCAUCCUCUCCCUCUUCUCCUACUCCACAUUCAUCACCCCGAUUCCAAAGCAACAAUCGAGUCUUGCCAUUAUCAAGUGUGGCAGAGGAGCAUCCCCGUUUCGACCUGGAUGUGUUUAUCUCACAAGCACUGAGACUGUGCAGUCAAAGUGAAGAAAGUGGAGCUUCUGAGGAAGGUAACACUGACUGUACUUCUGCGAUCCAAGAGCACAAGCUUUCCAGAACUCAUAGUUCAACACCAGAGGUGCUUAAAGCUCCAGCUUAUCACAAGGCGCCCUGGUAGAGCAGCGUUCAGACUAGAGAAACACCCUGAACAGGGUGAAUGCUUGCUUAGAGCUUCCGCUGCAAGGUUGCAUAGAUUUAUGAAUGUGUUACUUACUUGAAAUAAUACACAAACCAUAUUGUGGUUGAUGGUGCCUCUCAUACAUAGCUUCUGAAAUGUGAAGCCACCAGGAAUCACAUAAUUCUAAAUUAAUAGGCAUUAAUAUGGAGUUGACCCCCACUCCCUUUGCAGAUAUAACAGCUUCCACUCUUCUGGGAAGACUUUCUACAGUAUUUCUCUCUCUCUUUAUAAUUUAGUAGAAAGCCUUCUAAAGAGAGUGGAAGCUGUUAUAGCUACAAAAGGGGGUGGGAAUGCACAGACAUAUUAAUGUCUAUAGAUUUAGAAUGGCAUGUCAUAAAAGCUUGUGUAGGUGUCCCAAUACUUUUGUCCAUGUAGCGUAGCAUUGCAUUGGCAUGUCAGGCCACGACGUGGCCCUCCCCCUGACAUGGCUAAUUGUGUCUCUAGAGCCGGUGGCACCACCGGGCAAGCAUAAUGGACUGCUGCGCCACCCAAGCACCUUUCACUUCUUUAUUUUUUUUUUUUUUUUUUUUACAGCAUUCUGAGUUAAGUGACGUUAUUGAACUUCCAGCAAUAUGUACAUUAUAUGACCGUAAUCACUAUAUAUCAAUUAUUUAAGUGUUAGCAGAGACCCAUUUUAAUCAUACACACACCUCAACAUACUAUAAAUGUAACAUAAAAAUGCAGUCUUCCGUAUUAAAAAUUUUACUGUUGUAAAGUUACCAUGGUAAGUUACCUUUGGUCUGGUAACUCCUUUAGUAAAGGUAGCAUAACAUUUCGGGAUCCAGAGACUAAAACCUUUUUUUACAAUUGUAUAAUGAUAUGUAAUUUUAUGCUUCUUCCAUGCAUAAAAUGCACCUAGUAUUCAAAGGAAAUUCAGACUGUUUUUACUGGCACUAAAUACACUUUGCAUAGAAGCUGCUUUUGAUACAAAUGUACUCCUUACGUUAGUAUUUUGGUUGAUGUUUGACACAGGACUGUUUUCCAAUUUUCACUUA